AUGGCAAGCGAUCACGGCUGCAGCGACAACGACCUUGCAGGCCUCUCCAUCUACGAGGUCGCCCACCGCUUUGCUCACCAGUUCCCAAGAAAGCGAUUCGUCGUGGAACCGCUGCAAUGGACUGCAAGCCACCUCGUCUUCCUACGCUGCGCUUUCGUCGAAGUCACACCCAACACGCCGCCGAGCGGGCCUAGGCCAACAAAAGAGAAGCCUUGGGCUCCGAAAAAAAAAAUCACACGCAAGCAGGCGUUCCAGUGGGUUGCUGACUGUAACCACUCGGUAUUUUCUCCAGUCAUGCCACUUCAAAGCCUUUUGGAAGCCUACUCUUUCAAAAGUGUCCGAGACUGCCCGCUCGUCUUCUUCUUCAACAAGCAUAAAAUCCUACUACCCUGUGAAAUGGUCUCCACUGGUCCGCACCGGAAGUCUUGGAAACAGGAUCACUGUCGUAUUGCAUUCUCACAGAUUCACACGGCUAUUCGGGAACCCCGCCGCAGGAGAUUUCCGCUGCAACUCGAAAAGCUAGGAAUUCUUCCAGAAAACCCGCAUGUUGAUCCAUACAUUGCGGCGCUUUUGAUUGCCGAGGCCCAGCAAAGCCAGGCAGGGAGCACAACUUUGUCCGAAAACGCCACGGAAAGUUGUUACAAGGUCCAUUUCAUCCUCGCAGAUUACGAUGACAGGAAAAACAUACGCGUUUACUCUGCCGUGAUCUCGACGGCUUUCCUGAGGAAGCUUUCCCACCCCAACGAGAAGCCUCGCUCUCCUGAUUCCACGCGUUUCGAUAUUCGUUAUACAACUCUGCCUUACCGACCGAAAUCGACGUUUCCUUCACGCCUUGUGGGGGUGCUUCUCGAUUCAUAG